UCCCAGUGAAGAGGAGACUGUUGUUUAAAGAAAUAAAUUGAUUGAUUGAUUGCUCACGGGCUGAAAUACCAAUGAUGAAUUAUCUUUUACACAAUUGUAGCAUUUAUUUUGCCUCAUAACACCCAAUGGUUGGACAGAACGUGAAUGACUUGAAGGAAUAAACAUUCAUUGUACUUGACUCCACCAGUUUGUUCUGUAAUUGUUGAUAUUCUUAAUAAAUGAUAUUGACGAGUUGCCAUUGGGGGAUUCCCAGUGGUUCUCUAACAUGGAGGAAUCAAAUAUGGCGGCCAGUUUGAAGCAAAUACCCCUUUGUUCUUGAUCCCAGAAGACUCGUUGCUCGAUCUCCAUCGAAUCGUGCAGAAAUCAUCCCGGUAUUCAUUAAUUUUCAGUGGUAAUUCAUAAUAAUUAACCAUUCAUAAUUAGAACGAGCCUAUCAAGCCCAUAAUGGCUAGUGUUUAUCGCCAGAAGAUUAGUGGUCUUCAGCUGAAUCUCCAAAAUUCUUUGGUCGUUGGAGUCAUCAUCACUAGCUGCAAUGUCAAGACCUUCGAAGUCAACUCUAAAUACCGCCCAGGACGCAGGGCAGUCUGGAGCUUCACUCUUCGUGACUCUGAACGAGACACCGUGAAUGUUACAGUCUGGGGGACUGAGCCAUACAUCAGUAAGCUGAACGUAUCAUUCUCCAUUGGCUGUGUUGUUGAAGUCAUCAAUGCCAAAGUCCAGGACUAUCCAGCUGAUGGAAAGAACGAGAGAUUCAUGCCGACCACCAGUAGUCGAUAUCAUUUGGUUAUUAAUGAGGGGACUGCACUGAUUCAACUUCAUGAUAGCCCUAACAAAGAACUUUACGAAUCUCUGCUCUGUAUUCCCAUGAAAAAUGUGACGAAUGUUCGAAGUCUCAGUGAUAUUUUGAUGAAUAUAGAGUCAUUGCAGGAUCAGUUUGUGGAUAUACUUGCAGCUGUGACCUUCGUGAGUGAUUCUCGAAAUUUAAUAACAAAAGAUGGCCGAGCCCUCGUCUGUCGUGACUUCGAAGUCAAUGAUGGAUCAACUGCCAAAGCAGUUGCAUUCAAACUCUGGGAGAAUGAAUGGAUUCGUAGAUCUGCCAAUUGGCAGCCCAAACAUUCAGUUCUCUUCAUGUCAGAUGUGCUCGUCGCAAUGGAUAAAUUCAAGAAGAAAAUGGGUCUGAUGAUCGUCAGGAAAACUGUCAUCACAGAAGACCCUGAUGUCCCACAAGCUGACAAAGUGAGAAAUUCCAUUAGUCAGACUGACAUCGAUUCGACUUCUCAUGAUCCAUUCAUUCUACCUAAACCUGAGAACAUCAAAACUGUCAUGACUAUCCAGGAGAUAUCAGAGAAGUUAAACAAGAAGGAGUCGAGAGACGGUGAAAGAAUGCAAUUCGUUACGAUUCUUUAUGCUACAGUCACAGAGAUCAAUAUGGAAAAUGUUCAAGGGUCAGACAUACUCGUUACAAGAUGUGCCCUGUGCAAACGCACCAUCCCCGUGACUCAAGACUCCUGUAUGAAUUUGGAGUGUCCCUGUGGGAACGGCAGGCGUGCUCCAAUAAAUGUUCAUACAUUUUAUCUGAAAGUCAAUCUGAAGGACGAAACGGGAUAUCUCAUUGGAUGCCGACUGACUGGAGUACCAGCAGAACAAGCCCUGUCAUGUUCUGUCGAUGAAUUCAAGGCAAUGACACAAACUCAACGAGAGGAAUUGAAGUGGAAAUUGAUAUUGGAGAACUGUGACGUCAGGCUUCAGGUGCUUGGACCAACCCCCACUUUUCCACGUGUGUUGUACAACAUUCUGUCACUCGAGCGUAUUAGAGAGUUGUGGUGAUUGUCUCCUAUCCUUGAAACGUCGUCUGACGAUGUAAAUAAUAACUCGAACUCGUCAAAACGUUAGUAAAAACUUCGUGAAUAAAUAAAAAAGACAAUGCAAAGGUUCAUUUAAUCAACAAAUAA